AUGAGGAACAACUUCUUCCUUCUAUCAAUUUGGUUGGCGUUUCUCGUUGCGAAGAACAAGAGUAGUGAAUUAGAGGCUGUCGUUUCUGGACGGAGAACAGAGGUUCCUGAAUAUGAUUUCUCAUCGUUCUUCAACCUCGGCGAUCAUUCGACCCAGGUUGCUGAACACGCGGCGGGUACCUCCCACUACGCGGCUACCGCGGGCCAACCUUCAAAUCUCCCUCCGGUAGUCUGGAAGCAACGCGAAUAUGGUGAAUUGACGAGACUGAAACCGGAUGUCUUGACCACGACCAAGAUCCUCGGCGAUCAUUCGACCCAGGUUGCUGAACACGCGGCGGGUACCUCCCACAACGGGGCUAUCGCGGGCCAACCUUCGGGACCCCCUCCGGUAGUCUGGAAGACACCCGAAUAUGGUGAAUUGAAGAGACUCGAGCCGACUGUCAUGAUCACGACCAAGAUCCAUGCCAAAGGAGGGGUGACGGCCAAUAACCAAGAAAAACAUAUCAGUCUUCGCUUGGAGAAGGAGGGUGACUGGAAAAAUUUCGAACGGUCGAGAUCGAUCAAAAUGUUGAACCUAUCCAAAACUCAUUCAGUCAUCUAUUGCAUAUAUGAUCCCCAUGCUCGUCAAUUAUCUCAUAAAAGAACUAUCGGCCCCGAUCUAGGUGAAAGGAUUUCAAUCAAUAUCGACAAGAGGGGAACGACCAUUGAAUUACGAGCCUGGGAGGGCUGCCAGCAGGCUUUACCGGACGGAGGAGCUGACGGGGCAAAAGAAAAAGAAAAAAAGAGAAAAAAACCUGCGGCUACGCAACUUUGGCUCCUCAACCGUCAAUUUUAA